CAUCAUCCUAUCAACUUUAUUUUCAGAUUCAUUUGAUCAUCUUCCUAAAUACCUAAAAUUCAUCUCGAUCCUAUUUUUAAUAGCAACAGUAUCAAUCUAAAAAAUAAAAGGAGGAAGAAACUACCCAAAGAAAGGAUAUUAAAUCGUUAUCAUAUAUUGCAUUAUCCCUUGGUUGCCUACCUUUUUUUCGUACUUGUUGCAGGGAGUCGAAACGUCAGCCUUAGCUCCUGGCUCCUCGACCAUCACACAAAACAUCGUCAAAGCUCCUUCUAACCUUGGAACCCUUCUGCCCUUCUAACCCGUACCCGCUUUAUACUAUUCCUUCUAUUACAUACAUGUAUUCUGCUAAUUUCUGAAAUAUCUACCCAACAUCUACGCUACAUCUUUUUGGCCUUGGCCGUCCACCUCACGGUUUAUUACUACUCUCCGUAUGGAGUGGCGGACUCGAUGCUAAUCUAAAAACGCCAGGACUGUAUUUCCAUCCCGUCUACCCCGGUCGGUUUCACCUGUCAUCGCGUCUCAAUUUAUAUCGCAACACCCAUCAUUCUUGCUGGUCGGCGUGUCAACUUGUCAAACUAUCCAACCUUACUCUCAUGCAAAGAGUUAUCGUAGCUUCGAUUAAGCUAGUACUACCAUGGCCGUAGGAGACAAAAAAUCCAAACCAGGCACGAAUGGUUCCUUGAAGGGAGUCAACGGUGUCAAUGGAGUCAACGGUAUAAAUGGACAUACUGUAACUCCCAGGCGGAGGAAUGCCGAACUGAAAAGGAAGAGCUUCUUUACUUGGGGCUUUAGCAUUAUCGCAAGGCUGUUGACGUGGUACUCCAUCUUCACCCUUCUCUUCCGAUGCCCCCUUACUCUCGAUGAGUGCACCAACGCGACCCCCAAGAUCUGCAAACCCUACUUCCGCGUCAAAUCUGCUGUAGCACCACACGUUAUACCAUAUUACGAUGCUUACGCCGCUCCCUACAUUGAUGUCGCGAAGCCCUACUACGACACUAUCGACCGAAUCAUCAUCACCCCUACGCGAACAUACGCCGUCAAGUACGGUGGCCCAAAGGUUUCCCAGGCUCAAGCAUUCGGUCAAGCGAAAUGGGAGGAAAACGUUCAGCCCGAAUUAAGCAAAUAUCAGGCCUUGGCGAAGACUCGAUACGAUCAAAGUGUUGCGCCUCACAUCGAAAGUGUUGCAACUGUUGUGUCGCCGUAUUAUGACAUCGCUCGAACUAAUGCGCUACAGACCUAUCACGAGUUGCUCCUUCCAGCCUAUCUGUUCGUACAACCCUACGCUGCGCAAGGUUACGAUGCCGCUUAUUCAUUUACCACCGAUACUGCCAUUCCUUCGACCGUGUGGGCUUGGAAUAAGACGUAUGCCUUUUUAGAUGCUACCGUUUGGCCCCAUGUGCGGGACGUCUACGUCAUGAAGGUCGAGCCACAGCUAGUAAGAAUUGGUCAAAGGCUAGGGAGGUAUAACGAAAAUAAGGUCAAGCCAAAUAUUGAAACUAUCGAGGAAACGCAUUCUUCCAUUCCCAAGUCUAGUUUCGCAAAGCCAACGACUCCUACCUCCCAGAGUGUAGUCGAACCCGAGCCCGAGCCCGAAUCUCAACCCCCCGCGAGCGAAAAAGGUUCCGAAACCCCCCAAGCGCCGCUCGAGAUGAAAGUUGAGCAGAAGGGGUCACGCACGCCAGAGGAAAUACGUGAGCAUGCCGCGAAGACUGUUACCGAAGAUCUCGAGCUUUGGGAGGGGAAAUUUACAAAAGCGGCCGAGGAGGGCGCCGCCGAGAUUGAGGAUCGCGUCGACGAGAUCGCAGCCCGUAUGAUUGAUAGACAUGCUAAUGGCAUGGGCAAGUCUCUGGUCAGACAGCUCAAUGAAACCGCAACCACCGAGCUUAAUACUCUAAAAAAGUCCAUCGUUUCGAUCUUGGAAAAGAACGGUAGCGAUUCUGAAAGAGACGAGGCUUUAGCUGCUGCUAUCAGAGGUGCUGGUCUCAAAAUCAAGGAAAAGGCACAGGAUAUCCGCACUUGGCGCGAGGCAUAUGACCAAGAAACAGAAAUUGCGGUUACCAAAGCCGCCGAGGAACAUUAUAAUAUUUUACAAAAAACUCGUGACCUCGCGUUACAAAAGAUUGGCAUGAAAUGGGCAUGGAUGGAAGGUGUCACCUACAAAGACUGGAAAAAGUACCAUGAGCUCAAAACACGUUUCGACGAAUGGACGGAUGACUUUAAGCUUCUGAUCACAUCACACCCUGGUUUGUUGGCGGCGCAAGCAGCUGGUGAGGAAAUUGAGAACGAGGGCAUGAACGUUGCGCAGGUCGCAGCUAGCGAGUUGGCACGAUUGAAGCAGAUUGCUACCUGGAAGGCCGUAGCCGGCGACUCGAGCGACAAUUUCGAUAGCGAGAUGACCGAAUUAGCAGCUAUAUCCGCAAUCCGAGAUGCUGCUCAGAGUGCCACUCCGGUGGCUUCAUCUGUAGCCGAGAAUAUUGAAAGUGGUGCCGAGUUUGUCAGCGAAACAGCAAACGAGCAACUUUCUCCAAGCAAUGCCGAGACCGUCACGGUAUCCCUCUCCGAAGCAGAGUCAGAAGAGGCCAGACAGUCUUCACUUGCGUCUACGCCCACCGACACCACAAGCGAGUCAACAUCAGCCGCUGCUGUUGCUGAUUCCGAUGAGCCGCUACCUUCGUCCGACCCAGUUAAUGGUCCAGAGCAGGUUCAGGAAACGAUUGUUGAAGUGCCGGAUGAGCCGACCUUUCCUGUCGAAGAACCUUCCACAAUUACCGUCAAAUCCGCCCUCUUCGGUGCCGCAGCUCAAUCUGUUCCCUCACGACAACCGAUUCUCGACGAUGAGAUUGUUUCCUCCGCAUCCAGUGCUGUGUCCGUAGUUCAAUCAGAAGUUCCAGCUAGUACCACCUCGGCAGCCCAAUCCGUAUACACCGCUGCUAUCGCAGGUGCUGCGGAUCACUAUUCACGUGCCAUGUCAGUUGUUUCUGCUCAAAUUCACGGAGAGCCGAAACCCGUUCACGAAGAAAUGUUCAGCUCUGUUUCUAAUGCGUACUUCGGUGCUGUAGCCUCGGCUAACUCCAGACUUACUGCCGCGAUGACCGCUGCGUCGGAAAGCGUAUAUGGCACUCCCACUACGAAAUGGCUUCCCGGCUUACCGACCGUGCCUUCGGUUGACUGGGAAAGGGUCCAGUCCAUUGCCCAGCAAAACCUUGACGACUCCAUCAAAUGGGCAUCAGAGCAGUACGACGCGGCAAAGGUAGCGGUCGGUGCCUCGGAACCGACACCUAGCACGUAUCUUGAAGGCGCAGAAAAGCAAGCACAGAAGCUACUCGAUCAAGCGAAGCACAACUAUCAUGCAGGUAUAGGUUUGGCGCACGAUCGGUAUUCCGAAUUCCUUUCUGCCGCAUCGACUGCCCUAAGCUCAUUAACUGCAACACCAACACCAACUAAUAUCCAAGGGUCUGCCUCAUCCGUCGCAUCGAUAGCUAGCGAAUCGGUCGCUUCCGUUGCUUCUGCGGCUAGCGAGAAUGCCGAAUCCCUAGCAUCGUCUGUCGGUGACCUUGCAUCCGACUCAACCCAGUUGGCAGAAAAGAAUUGGGACGCUCUUGUUAGCCGUGUGAGCUCUCAAGUCUAUAGUGCUCCCACGCCCACGCCGUGGUACGAGAACCUUCAGGUGGCAGCUGGUGACGUCGCCUCCGCCGCUAGCGACUAUGCCGCAUCCGCUACAGCUGCCGCGGCAGGCCAGGUUUCUUCUGUGACGGUCUUGGCGGACGACUAUGCCUCUUCUGCUAGCGAAGCCGCAACAUCACAGUACUCAGCGAUCAGUUCCCUCGUGUCGGAACUAAUUAUCGGAAGAGAACCGCCGUUUACCGAGUCGGUAUAUUCGCGUCUCGCCGGAGCAUAUUCAACCGGCAUCGCUUCGGCAUCGAGCUUUGCCAGUGUCGCCUCUGACACGGUAGCCAGUGCCGCAAGUGAAGCUAGCGAUACGGCUAACUCCGUUGUUGGUGACGCUGCUGAUAAGAUCAAGGAAACAGUCCAGCACAUGAAGGACGAGCUUUAAACGCUAGCACCAUCACGAACGCGCGUCCUCUCAUAAUCACUAUUAUAUCAAAAGGCACCCACGGCAGAUGCCAAUUCAGGUGUAAAAUAAUGAUAAUCACUGCGAGAUACUGUUAUACGGAAUUGAUUGGCUUUUCAGGCCAAGGCAAUGUUGAGUCAAUUUUUCUUUCACUCUUUCGGAAUAUGGCAUAUACCCGGAGCGUUUGGACGCGUUGGAAUUUCCCUGCCGAUUUACAUAGUGUUCCCAAUUUCUACGUUAUAUCGACUCUUAGAAAUGCUACGUCACUCGUGGCGGUCGCUUAUAUCAAGUAUCACAAACGUGGAGGGGGAGCAAUCUUGGUUAGGAAGAGUUAUCCGGCCAGUAGUUUCAUGGGCCUAAGCGUACGGUGCCUCUAUACUGAGAGAUGACGAUAAUGAUUUAUGGAGGCAACCUGUUAUGGAUUGUCGAGGGAAAAUAAGCUCUAGUGGUACAUCAGGGGCUGGGCCGCUGUGGAAAGAUGAUGGAUUUAAGAUGUAUCAAUAUGUGUACGACAGUUAGAGGAUAAGGCAAUAUAUACAGGGAGUUAAAU